AUGGCAAUCUGGGUAGUGAUUCUCAUCUCUCUCUCAAUCUCUACACUCCUCAUAUUCUUUUUCUCCAGAAAAAGCCACCACAACUUCCCUCCUGGACCUCCAAGAAUUCCCAUUAUUGGAAACCUCCUCUGGCUCCGCCAAUCAAUUUCAAAGCUCGAGCCAAUUCUCCGGUCUCUGCACACCAAGUUCGGCCCAAUCCUCACCCUUCACGCUGGCCCUUACUCCGCCAUAUUCAUCGGUGAUCGAUUCCUUGCCCACCAGGCCUUAAUCCAAAAUGGUACUACUUUUGCAGACCGUCCUCCAUUCAUUGCCACCAACAAAGUGAUCACUAAUAGACCUACCAGUAUUGUUACUUCUCCUUAUAGUCCUACUUGGCGUGUUCUUCGUCGUAACCUUGCCGAGUUUGUGCUUCAACCUUCAAGAUUGAAGUUACGCUUGAAUUCUCUCACACUUGCAAUGAAUAUGCUUUUGGAGAGCCUCAAUGACUCCCAAGAAAAUCAAUUCAAUGACAAGUUUAGGCAUGCUGUCUUUGUAUUGUUUGUCUUCAUGUGCUUUGGCGACAAACUCGAUCGAAAAAAGAUCGAAGAAAUUGAAUAUAUUCAGCGUCGCAAGCUCUUGAAUUUCGGGCAAUUUAACGUGCUCAAUUUAUGGCCAAGAGUGGCGAAGAUUGUGUUCCGAAAGAGUUGGAACGAAUUGGUUCAAGUAAGGCAGAAACAAGAAGAAAUCUUAGCACCAUUGAUAAGGGAAAAAAUGAACGAGAGAGUAUUAAAAGGAAGUGAAAAUGGUUCCAUCUUAUCGUAUCUUGAUACACUGUUGGAUCUACACCUUCCCCAUGGUAGUAGAAAGCUUGAUGAAGGAGAAAUAAUUAGCUUGUGUUCGGAAUUCCUAAGCGCCGGCCCUGAUACUACUUCGACUGCUUUGCAAUGGAUUAUGGCAAAUGUGGUCAAGAAUCCAUCAAUUCAAGAAAAGUUGUUCAUGGAGAUAAAAGGGGUUGUCAGAGAUGGAGAUAGGGAAGUUAAGGAAGAUGCUUUGCAAGGUUUAGAUUAUCUCAAAGCAGUGAUUUUGGAAGGCUUAAGGAGACAUCCUCCCAGCCACUUUUUGAUUCCGCACUCAGUAGCAAAAGAUACAAAGCUAGGAGGCUAUUUCAUACCAAAGAAGGGGAUUGUGAGUUUUUCGGUGACAGAAAUAUCUUGGGAUCCGAAAGUGUGGGAGGAUCCAAUGACAUUCAAUCCAGAGAGGUUUGUGAAUAAUAAUGGAAAUGGAGAUGAAAUAUUCAACAUUAAGGGAAAUAAAGAGAUUAAGAUGAUCCCCUUUGGGGCAGGGAGGAGGAUUUGUCCUGGUUAUGGUUUAGCAAUGCUUGCUCUUGAGUAUUUUGUUGCUAAUUUGAUUUGGAAUUUUGAGUGGAAGGCAGUGGAUGAAGAAGGUGUUGAUUUGUCUGAGAAACAAGAGUUCACUGUUGUCAUGAAAAAUCCUUUGAAGGCUCAAAUAACUCCAAGGUUUAUGUGAUUUUUUUUAUGCUUUUGGCUUUGAUAUAUGUGAUUCGUCAAUAUCAUAUCAUAUACACAGUAUGAUUACUGAAUAAACAACAAUAUCAUAUCAUGUCAUGAAAAAUCCAUUCAAGGCUCACAUAACUCCAAGGUUUAUGUAAUUUUUUCCUAUGUUUUUAGCUUUGAUAUAUGUAGUUCAUCUAUUACUUAAAACUCAAAAGAGGAAUAACACA